AUGCUUCCUUCAAAACUCAAAAAGUUCAAAGCUUUACAUGAAAUACUAACUGGUAUUCAUAAUGAGACAUCUUUUUCUAAAUUUACAACAAAGAAAAACUACAGAGCAUCAGUCAUAUGGGACAAGAACCAAGAGGAGGAGGAGGGUGAAUAUUUGAAUGUUCUGCGUCAAUGUGUGGCGACAUCAAGAUUGGAUAACGCCAAAGCCAUUCACGCGAAACUGCUGAAAAACCCAGGCGGCAGGUCUUCGCUAUACUUACACAACCAUCUUCUAAAUGCUUAUGUGAAAUGUGGUGACACUGCGAAAGGACUCAAACUGUUUGAUGAAAUGACUGACAGAAAUGUGGUGUCUUGGACUGCCCUCAUUGCUGGAUUUGUGCAAAAGGGUUUCCCUGUUGAAGCUUUCUCUCUGUUUACUCGUAUGCACCGGAGUGGGACGAAGCCUAAUGAGUUCACUUUCGUGAGUGCCCUUCACGCUUGCUCGUUUGAGGAUAGAUUAAGCUUGACUAAUGCAUACCAAGUAUAUGGACUAAUUACAAGACUUGGAUUCGAGUCUAAUGUUUAUUUAAUGAAUGCUUUUUUGACGACUUUGAUAAGGCACGGUAGAUUAGAUGAAGCAUUAAUGGUUUUUGAGUGGUGUUCCAAUAAAGAUAUUGUUACUUGGAAUGCAAUGCUAGGUGGUUGCAUGCAAUUUUGUUGCUCAGAGGUACCAAGGCUUUGGUACAGGAUGAUCCACGAAGGAGUUGUACCAGAUAACUUCAGUUUUGCUAGUGUUCUUACUGGGUUAGCAGAGCUUUUUGUUCUUGAUUUGGGUGUGCAAGUACAUUCCCAGCUUGUUAAGUCUGGUCAUGGAAGUGAGAUGUGUGUAGGGAACUCUUUGGUGGAUAUGUAUUUGAAAAAUCGAAGUUUGGGUGAGGGUUUCAAAGCAUUCGAAGAGAUCUGUUUUAAAGACAUUUGUUCCUGGACGCAAAUGGCAGCAGGGUGUUUGAAUUGUGACGAGCCAAUUGAAGCUCUCAGGGUCAUUGGAGAAAUGAGGAGGGCAGGAGUAAUGCCUAAUAAGUUUACUCUAGCAACAGCUUUUAGUGCAUGUGCCAAUACAGUUUCUUUCAAAGAAGGGGAGAAAGUUCAUGGCUUGAGGAUCAAACUCGGGGAUGACAUUGAUGUCUGUGUAGAUAAUGCAUUGCUCGACAUGUACGCCAAAUGUGGUAGCAUGGAUGGGGCAUUCAUGGUUUUUCAGUCAAUGGAUGAACACACUACUGUUUCAUGGACCACUAUGAUUAUGGGCUAUGCGCAAAACGGAUAUCCCAAAAAAGCUCUUGAAAUUUUCCAUCAGAUGAGGGAGGAAGGGGCAGAGCCUAACUACAUUACCUUCAUAUGUGUACUUUAUGCUUGCAGCCAAGGAGGACUUAUCGACGAGGGAUGGAAGUAUUUCACAUCAAUGAGUGAUGACUAUGGGAUUCUCCCCGGAGAAGAUCACUAUGCUUGUAUGGUGAAUCUCCUUGGACGUGUUGGACGUGUUAGAGAAGCUGAGGAACUAAUCUUGAGUAUGCCCUUUCAACCAGGUUUGCUGGUCUGGCAAACGUUGCUUGGGGCAUCCCGACUUCAUGGGGAUAUGGAAACUGCAGAACGAGCAGCAGAACGAGCAUUACAAGUUGACAAAGUUGAUCCUUCAAUCUAUGUGUUAUUGUCCAAUACAUUUGCUGGUUUGCAAAACUGGGAUGGAGUUGGAACUGUGAGGGAAUUGAUGCAAAGCAGGGAUGUCAAGAAAGUCCCUGGCUCCAGUUGGUUUUAA